AAUCACAUAAAUCAAAUGUCUGGCGUGUGGAGUUGGAUAAAUUUACAUUCAGUUAGUCAAGUCUAUAAAAAAAUCAAUUUAAUAUUGGAAGUAGGUGGAAGCAUGGACAUAAACAUGGACUUGGGUGCCCCCCCGACUGCAUCACAGUCGAUAUACCCGCAUUCGGCAACAAUGUUUGCCGCCAUCAGUGCCUGCGUCUUUAUGACUGUUGGCGUGCUAGGAAACCUAAUCACAUUGCUGGCUCUACUCAAAAGCCCAACGAUACGGGAGCAUGCGACGACAGCAUUUGUCAUAUCCCUGAGUAUAUCAGACCUGCUAUUCUGCUCCUUCAGCAUGCCUCUGACAGCAGUUCGCUUCUUUCAGGAGAGCUGGACCUUUGGCAGCACCUUGUGCAAGAUAUUCCCUGUCAUCUUCUACGGCAACGUAGCCGUCUCACUUCUCAGCAUGGUGGGAAUCACCCUCAAUAGGUACAUAUUGAUCGCUUGCCAUAGCCGAUACUCACAGAUUUACAAGCCUAAGCUCAUAACGCUGCAGUUAGUUUUUGUGUGGGCCGUUUCCUUCUUGCUUCUGUUGCCGCCCAUUCUCGGGAUCUGGGGAGAAAUGGGACUGGACGAGGCUACGUUCUCCUGCACAAUACUCAAAAGGGGAAAGUCUAUUAAGAAGACGCUUUUCCUUAUUGGUUUCCUUCUGCCGUGCCUGGUCAUCAUUAUCUCCUACUCCUGCAUUUACAUAACUGUGCUGCACCAAAAGAGGAAAAUCCGAAGCCACGACAACUUCCAGAUUGGUGCCAAUGCGUCGGGAAAGGGCACAUCCGGCGGCUCGUACGUGACGACAACGUGCACAAGAAAGGUGCGCGAGGACAACCGGCUCACCGUAAUGAUGGUGACCAUCUUCCUGUGCUUUCUUAUCUGCUUUCUGCCACUGAUGCUGGCCAAUGUGGUGGACGAUGAGCGAAAAACCUCCUAUCCCUGGCUGCAUAUAAUAGCCUCAGUCAUGGCCUGGGCCUCCAGCGUCAUCAAUCCGAUCAUUUACGCGGCUAGCAAUCGCAACUACAGAGUGGCCUACUACAAGAUAUUUGCACUUCUCAAGUUCUGGGGCGAGCCCCUGUCGCCGAUGCCUAGUAGGAACUAUCACCAAAGCAAAAACUCAAAGGAACUUUCGGGCGUCAUCCGCAGCACUCCGCUCUUUCACGCUGUUCAAAAGAAUACUACCAACCAAAUGUGCCAGACAUAUUCAGUGUGAUUGAGUCGAUGUCGGUGUCGGGCCUUUGCCUUUGUAUUAGAGCUUUACACCAUACCAAUUACCAACUAAUUACUUCGUAAUAUGUAAUAUGCAUAUGUAAGUCGCAUAUGUAAGUCGAAGCAACCGAAAUAAAUAUAAAUUUAGAUCAAU